GCUGUGUGACCGGUAAUUUGAGGAAGUAAAGAGCCGAUAUUCCGCGCGGAAGCUAAAAUCCCAAGAUCGCCGCUUUCAAUGACUAACUUAUUGAAGAUUACGUUCAGCCACCCCGUAUAGAAUACUGAAAAUUACAUUCACGCAAGAAUAACCGUUUAAAAACUGGCCUUAGUUUUGGGGUGUUAAUACGUGAAACUAACAAUCGCCAAUGGUUACAAAAAUAAUUAUUUUGUGUCUAACUAUGGGUGUUUGUGUGUAUCGCAAGAUAUAACUACGUUUAAUCUUUUUGUGAUUUAGGUUAGGGAUAUUUUAUAUAAAAAUUUUUUUAAAAAUUCGCUUCGAAACGUUGGCUACGUUAAAAGUUGGAAAAAAAGCCCACUGUGCGAAAUAAAACGUGGCAUGGCCUAGGUUUUUGUUUGCAAACUAAAUGUUUACGAACUGUAGUGACGUAAGCGACGCGAUGCUACCGUUUUCUCAGCUGUGCAGAGCAUACUCGGAGCACCUGCGCCUGUGACCAUCUCGCCGGUGUAUAAGACCACAGGUCAGGAGUUAGCAAGCACUCUUCAACUGUCUCAGCUGUCAGCACCUCACUCGUCCACGAUGCAGUACAAGGCUCUCUUCUUCCUGGUAGCCCUCGGGCUGGUGCAGGGGAUCUCCGCCAGCUCCAAUUCCAGCACCAACGCCAGCACAGUCACCAGUGCCAACACCUCCGUGGCUGAAGAUGUGAACAUAUUCUCAACCCUGAUACAGGCGGCCAUCAACGCAUCGGAAACCUUCACCAACAAGACGAAGCUGGAAGAGUUGUUGAACAAGACCGAGGCGUACCUGAACCAGACGGCGGCGUCCAUCAAGGCCCAGCUCAACUCUUCUUCGGCCGCGGUGAGCGAGGCGGUCGAGGAGGAGAUGAGCAAGUUGUCCGACUCGUGGUCCAACUUCACCUCAGCCGCCGCCAACGCGACCUCCAACUCAUCCGUGAGCGCCGCCAUGGCCAGCGCCCUUUCAUCCUGGGAGAACGCGACAAAAAACGCGAUCUCCGCGUGGCAGAACGCGACCAGCAACGCUGAAUCCGCGUGGGCGAACCAGACUUCAGCGUGGCAGAACGCGACCAGCAACGCGAUCUCCGCGUGGCAAAACGCGACCAGCAACGCGGCUUCGGCGUGGGCGAACCAGACUUCAGCGUGGCAGAAUGCAACCAGCAACGCGAUUUCUUCAGCUGAAACCGCAGCCAACGAAACGGCUUCUGCAUGGAAGAACGCGACGAGCAACGCGGUUUCUUCAGCGGAGACCGCAGCCAGCAACAUCAAUAGUGCUGCCCAGUCUAUCAUUUCAAACAUUUUUGGCUGAUUUGUUGUCAUUUCCAAAAUAUGACUUACUUGUAUUAUGGGGUGUAAUUAAAUGUUUCACUGAGAAAUAACUCA